AUGAAUUAUCCAUUCCCUGCUCCACAUCAGUGGUACCAACCAGGUGGCUUCAUCAUCGGUGGGAUUGCUUCUCAGAUCUUUUAUGUCUUCUAUGAAGUUUUCUUCAAGGAGCAACCUUCACAGAAUAUGUUUGAUGUUCCAUAUGUGGUAACAAAAUUCUACCAGCACAUUCUUGCCUUGGCAUUUGCCGUGAAAGAGAUAAACGAGAACCCCAAGUUUUGUCCUAAUAUCACUCUCGGCUUCCACAUCUAUGAUAGCUACUAUGAUGCCAGAAUGACCUAUCGUACCACUCUUGACCUGCUCUUCAAAUCACAUAGAUUUGUUCCCAACUACAAAUGUGACACCCAGAAAAAUCUCAUAGCCAUCAUUGGGGGACUUAGUGCUGACACCUCCUUCCAUAUGGCUGACACAUUAGGCCUCUACAAGAUUCCACAGUUCCAACGAUUUCUUCAGGGAAUAAAACUUUACUGGACACAGGGAGAUGGCUUUUUCAAGGACUUCUGGGAGCAAGCAUUUGAUUGUACAUUUCCAAAUCCCAGUGUGCCAACAGAGGUCAAUGACAUGUGUACUGGGGAAGAGAGCUUGCAGAGUCUUCCAGGGACUCUAUUUGAACUGAGCAUGACUGGCCACAGCUACAGCAUCUACAAGGCUGUUUAUGUUGUGGCUCAUGUUUUGCAAGGCAUAUACUUGACUAGUUUCAAGAAAAGAGCUAUGGGAAGCAGUGGAAUAUUAAAAUUUCAGGAUCUACAGCCUUGGCAGCUGCACCAUUUUUUGCAUCACAUUUCAUUUAACAACUCAGCUGGAGAAACAGUAUCAUUUACUGAUAAGAGAGAAAUGCGAGGCGGAUUUGACAUUAUGAACAUGGUCGCAUUCCCAAAUAAGUCCUUCAUUCAAUUGAAAAUAGGAUCGUGGUACCAGCCAGGUGACCUCAUCAUUGGUGGGAUUGCUUCUCAGAUCUUUUAUUUCUUCUUUGAAGUUUUCUUCAAGGAGCACCCUUCACAGAAUAUGUUUGAUGUUCCAUAUGUAGUAACAAAAUUCUACCAGCACAUUCUUGCCUUGGCAUUUGCUGUGAAAGAGAUAAAUGAGAACCCCAAGUUUUGUCCUAAUAUCACUCUCGGCUUCCACAUCUAUGAUAGCUACUAUGAUGCCAGAAUGACCUAUCGUACCACUCUUGACCUGCUCUUCAAAUCACAUCAAUUUGUUCCCAACUACAAAUGUGACACCCAGAAAAAUCUCAUAGCCAUCAUUGGGGGACUUAGCGCUGACACCUCCUUCCAUAUGGCAGACACAAUUGGCCUCUACAAGAUUCCACAGCUCACAUAUGGAUCAUUUCCCCCAGACAAAAAUUAUGGAAGCCAAGUACCAUUUUACCGCAUGGUGCCCAAUGAAGCCCAUCAGUAUAUGGGGAUUAUCAGUUUGCUUACGCAUUUUGGAUGGACGUGGGUCGGGCUCUUCACUGUCGAUGAUAAUAGUGGAGAACAUUUCUUGGAGACCCUGGAGCCAUUAUUUUCCCAUAAUGGAAUCUGUUUAACCUUCACGCAAAGAAUCCCACAAAUACCCCGUUUUGAUAACUUUGAUGGAUUUCAUGAUAUAGCCUUGAAUAUUUAUGUUCAUUUAACAGAUGACAAAGCCCAUGUAUUUAUGAUGUAUGGAGAAUCUAUGACAAUUAUAUGGCUCAGAAGUAUUCUAUUUCCAAGCGAUCCUGAAAAUAGGGAAACAUCAUCAUUUAAAAAGUUCCAAGAAUUUCUUCAGGGAAUAAAACUUCACUGGACACAGGGAGAUGGGUUUUUCAAGGACUUCUGGGAGCAAGCAUUUGAUUGUACAUUUCCAAAUCCCAGUGUACCAAUAGAGGUCAUUGACCUGUGUACUGGGGAGGAGAGCUUGCAGAGUCUUCCGGCGUCUCUAUUUGAAAUGAGCAUGACUGGCCACAGCUACAGUAUCUACAAGGCUGUGUACGUUGUGGCUCAUAUUUUGCAAGGGAUAUACUUGACUGGUUUCAAGAAAAGAGCCAUAGGAAACAGUGGAAUAUUAAAAAUUCAAGAUCUGCAGCCUUGGCAGCUGCACCAUUUUUUCCAUGACAUUUCAUUUAACAACUCAGCUGGAGAAACAGUAACAUUUACUGAUAAGAGAGAAAUGCGAGGUGGAUUUGACAUAAUGAACAUGGUCACAUUCCCAAAUAAGUCUUUCAUUCAAUUGAAAAUAGGAUGUGUGAAUCCCUAUGCUCUUGAUGGAAAGGAAUUCAUCAUUCAUGAGGACAAGAUUAUGUGGCACAAAGAUUUGGACAACUGCUUCAGAUGCCCAGAAGAUCAGUAUGCAAACAAGAACAAAAAUGGAUGCAUUCCCAAGUUAAUAACCUUUCUUUCCUAUAAGGAACCUUUAGGGAUCGGCUUAACAUCAGUUGCUGUUCUUUUUGCCCUAAUUACAAUUUUGGUGCUGGGAACUUUUAUUAAACACAAAGACACUCCCAUUGUCAAAGCCAACAACAGGGAUCUCACCUAUGCUCUCCUCAUUGCCCUCCUACUCUGCUUCCUCUCAUCCUUUCUCUUCAUUGGACACCCUGGCAAAAUGACCUGCCUUCUUCGACAACCCACUUUUGGCAUCAUCUUCUCCGUGGCUAUUUCUUGUGUUUUGGCCAAAACCAUUACUGUAGUUGCAGCUUUCAUGGCCACCAAGCCUGGGUCCACUAUGAGGAAGUGGGUGGGGAAAAGACUGAGCAACUGCAUUGUCCUUUCUGGCUCACUCAUUCAAGUGAGUAUUUGUACUGGGUGGUUGAUGACCUCUCCCCCAUUCCCUGAUCUAGACAUGAACUCAGUAACAGAGGAAACCAUUGUGCAAUGUAAUGAAGGCUCAGUGACCAUGUUUUAUUGUGUCCUGGGCUACAUGGGCCUCCUGGCCAUUGCCAGCUUCACUGUGGCAUUUGCAGCUCGCAAAUUACCAGACAGUUUCAAUGAAGCCAAGUUCAUUACCUUCAGCAUGUUGCUCUUCUGCAGUGUUUGGCUUUCUUUUGUUCCAACCUAUCUGAGCACCAAAGGAAAAUCCAUGAUGGUGGUGGAGAUCUUCUCCAUCUUGUCCUCCAGUGCUGGAUUGUUGGGCUGCAUCUUUGCCCCCAAAUGCUACAUCAUUUUUCUGAAGCCUGAGCUGAACAGCAGGGAGCAACUAAUAAGGAGGAAGAUGUAA